CGGCAACGAGCAGCAUCAACCCGGCGGGAGGCCGGAGCCAGAGAGGCCCAAAAAGGCUGCGGAGUGAGCCGGCCUCUCCGUGUCCAGCGCGCCCCCCUCCGCCUUCUUCCUCGGCCGCCCAGCCCUAAAUUUCGAUUAGCUUUUUCGCCUACGGAAAUCCUAGGAGGGGGUUAGGAGCAGCUGCGCCCCCCUCCCUGCGGCUGCCGCCCCCCUGCUUUUAAGGCGCUGCUCCCUGCCGCGUGCGCCUGGGCAGUGCAUCUCGGCAGGCCCCAACCAUGUCGAUGCUGCCGUCGUUUGGCUUCACGCAGGAGCAAGUGGCGUGCGUGUGCGAAGUUCUGCAGCAAGGCGGGAACCUGGAGCGUCUGGGCAGGUUCCUGUGGUCGCUGCCCGCCUGCGACCACCUGCACAAGAACGAAAGCGUGCUCAAGGCCAAGGCCGUGGUUGCGUUCCACCGCGGGAACUUCCGCGAGCUCUACAAGAUCCUGGAGAGCCACCAAUUCUCGCCUCACAACCACCCCAAGCUGCAGCAACUGUGGCUGAAGGCGCACUACGUGGAGGCCGAGAAGCUGCGCGGCCGGCCCCUGGGCGCAGUGGGCAAAUAUCGGGUGCGCCGAAAAUUCCCGCUGCCGCGCACCAUCUGGGACGGCGAGGAGACCAGCUACUGCUUCAAGGAGAAGUCGCGGGGUGUGCUGCGGGAGUGGUACGCGCACAACCCGUACCCCUCGCCUCGUGAGAAGCGGGAGCUGGCCGAGGCCACGGGGCUCACCACCACCCAGGUCAGCAACUGGUUUAAGAACCGGAGGCAAAGAGACCGGGCCGCCGAGGCCAAGGAAAGGGAGAACACCGAAAACAAUAACUCCUCCUCCAACAAGCAGAAUCAACUCUCUCCUCUGGAAGGGGGCAAGCCGCUCAUGUCCAGCUCAGAAGAAGAAUUCUCACCUCCCCAAAGUCCAGACCAGAACUCGGUACUUCUGCUGCAGGGCAAUAUGGGCCACGCCAGGAGCUCAAACUAUUCUCUCCCUGGCUUAACGGCCUCACAGCCCAGCCACGGCCUGCAAGCCCACCAGCAUCAGCUCCAGGACUCCCUGCUGGGCCCUCUCACCUCCAGUCUGGUGGACUUGGGGUCUUAAGUGGGGAGGUACUGGGCCUGGAAGCAGUGACUAGGGACAUUUGUAAAUAGAAAUCAGGAACAUUUUUGCAGCUUGUUUCUGGGGUUCUCUGCGCAUAAAGGAAUGGUGGACUUUCACAAAUAUCUUUUUAAAACUCAAAACCAACAGCGAUCUCAAGCUUAGUUAGUUACCUUCUUCUCUCCAACUCUUGCAUUUCCCAUCCCAGUGCAGAGAUCAGGAAAAAAAAAAAAAAAAAACCCAAACAAACAAAAGCACCCACUCACCCAGUCUUGUUUCUGGGCAAUCCAUGUGCCAGCUUCAGUAGCCUUUCUUUCUUUCUUUCUUUCUUUCUUUCUUUCUUUCUUUCUUUCU